AUGCAUCCAUGUUCUAGACUGCUAGUAGUGCGAACGUUCGAUCUUGAGAAUCGUGUUAAGUUUAUCAUGGAAGAGCUGCGAAUGGCUCAGCGAUCAGCCUUGAAAAUGCUGCUGGAACUGCCAAGCUUUUUGCUACAUACUAUUCCAGACAAGUGUGUUGUCCUACACAAGUAUGAUCUCCCUGACGGCUACAGCUUUAAAUUAGAUCAGCAUACAGCCAAGGUCUUUCCCCCUGUGUUAUCAAAUAACAUUGAAAUCAAUCCAAGAUUAUUCAGACAAGAUUCUGAUGAGAAACUGGCUCAGAGUUGUCCAAAAUUGAUGCUUGCUGAUUUGUUAGAUUAUUCUUUUGCAAAGCAGUUUGGAGAAGGACAGCCAGAGGAUCUGACUAAGUGUCUCUUCAAAGCUGAAAAGAGAGAACUCCGUGAAAAGUAUAACAAAGUCUUGUAA